GACCGAGGGUGGGCCACCAGGCUGGACAUCAUUGUGACGGUGCCAUGAGGCCUGGCCUGGAACGAAGGACAGUGAGGGCACGGGUCGAGGGCCGAUAAGAAGAGCGGGGUGGACAGAGUUCCUCAGUCUAACUUCCCCUUACUCGGUCCUAUUUCACCAAAGCUGAACAGAAGAACGUACCACGACGGACUAAAUGACCUGUCUGCGCCACCAGACAACCCCUGCAGCGGUCCAGCGCUUCGCUAGUGCGCACACGCCCGCCCCAAAGGGCUGAGCGCGCCUCCCGGACAGCCAUACGCAUGCGUGACCGCGGUGUCACAGGCACUCUGGGCUGCUGGUCCCUUUCCCGCCCCUCCCAGGCGUGAAGAGCAGCUGGUGGCCUGGCUGAGCCGAGCGUGACCCAUGGACCUGCCAGAGAGCCAGGCUGGCGGCCCGGCUGCAGAAAUUUACCACCGGGAGCAGCCGGAAGACAUGAGCCUGGGGCCACUGCUCAGCUUAGAGGAGCAGAUACUCAACUCCACGUUUGAAGCUUGUGACCCUCAGAGGACAGGCACUGUGGCUGUCACCCAUGUGCUGGCCUACCUGGAGGCUGUGACUGGCCAGGGCCCCCAGGACGCACGCCUCCAGACAUUGGCCCAAAGCCUGGACCCCAACGGGGAGGGCCCUGGGGCCACUGUGGACUUGGACACCUUCCUGGUGGUCAUGCGUGAAUGGAUUGCUGCCUGUCAGCUGCAUGGGGGAUUAGAGCUGGGAGAGGAGACCGCCUUUGAGGGAGCCCUGACCUCCCCGCAGCUGCCAUCUGGAUGCCUGGAAGCUGAGGAGCCAGCCAACCUGGAGAGCUUUGGAGGCGAAGACCCCAGGCCCGAGCUGCCAGCCACCACUGAUCUGCUGAGCAGCCUGGAGGACCUGGAGCUCAGCAACCGGCGCCUGGCCGGGGAGAACGCCAAGCUGCAGCGCUGUGUGGAGACAGCCGAGGAGGGGUCCGCACGGCUUGGGGAGGAGAUCCUGGCCCUGCGCAGGCAGCUUCGAAGCACACAGCAGGCUCUGCAGUCUGCCAAGGCCGUGGAUGAGGAGCUGGAGGACUUGAAGACUCUGGCCAAGAGCCUGGAGGAGCAGAAUCAAAGCCUCCUGGCCCAGGCCCGGCAGACGGAAAAGGAGCAGCAGCACCUGGUGGCAGAGGUGGAGACCCUGCAGAAGGAGAAUGGGAAGCUGCUUGCCGAGCGGGAUGGAGUGAAGAGGAGAAGUGAGGAGCUGGCCACAGAGAAGGAUGCUUUGAAGCGGCAGCUCUAUGAGUGUGAACGCCUCAUUUGCCAACGGGACGCUGUUCUCUCAGAGCACGCGCUCCACACGGAGAGCCUGGCCCAGACGGUGGAGGAGUACAGGGCCACCACACGGGAACUGAGGUGGGAAAUCUCUCACCUGGAGGAGCAGCUGAGUCAGGCCCAGGAGGCACCGGAAGAGCUGCUGGAAGAGGCCCAGGCCAGAGGAGCCAGCUGGACCAGGCCACUGCCCCCAUCGCUGGGCCUGGAGAUCAAGGCCAUUUGGCAGAAACAAGAAGUGGCAGGUGCCAAGCUCUCUAGUCCCCUGUGUGGAGUGUGGCAGUGGGGAGAGAUCACCCGAGAGCCCAGUGAGGAAGCUGAGUUUCCAUCUGAAGCCCCAGGUGGGGGACAGAGAAACUCCAAGGGAGAGCCGACGUGCCUUGAAGGAUUGGGGAAAGAGCUGUCGAUAUGGUUGCCUGGAAGAGAGGAAGAGGAGGCAGAGGAGGAAGCGAAGAGCCAGCUCAUGGCUGACCUGACCAUCCUUCUGAGAGACCCUCACCCUGGAGACAUCCCAGGACGCUCUCCUGAGAGUCCUGAUGAGCUGGCACUCCAGCAAGCCUUGGUGCCCGUGGUGAAGGAGCUGGUCCAAGUCGGGCGGCCCUGGGGCCACCACUGCCUGUCCCUGUUAUGUCCCCAGCCACCCAGGGCCGCUCAGCACCCACUGCUCCCUGCCCGGGUCCUGGGCCCUGUGCUGCUGCUGCUGCUGCUCCUGCUCUCAGUACUGCUGCUGGGCCAGGCCCUGCCACCCACCUGGCCCCACCUGCAGCUCUGCUACCUCCAACCACCACCAGUGUAGGCACGAUGGCCCCAGCCCAGCUCAGUCAGUCCUGGUGCUGCCUGCCGGUGUCCGCACACCUAGAGCCGGUGCAAGGGCAGCCUCAUCCCUGUGCUGGGUUUUUAUGUGAAGUCUCCUGAUUUCCCCCUGCUGCAACUCCAUUUCUUAACAGAAACAAAAUGCCUCCAAUAAUG